CACUCUAAACUUCUUUUGAAUUCUGCUAUUAGAUAUUGUGAUGAUAUUACAUGGGUGAAACAAACUGUAAAUAGAAGAAUGGCUAAAGGACAUGGUUUCUAUUUACAACAUGCAAAAGAAACUUGUUUAGUGGGAAGAAAAGGAAAGGAUCCACCAGGAUGUAAACAUUCGAUUUCUUCUGAUGUAAUAUUUUCGGAAAGACGUGGACAAAGUCAAAAACCGGAAGAAUUAUACGGGAUGAUUGAGGAAUUAGUUCCAAAUGGAAACUACUUGGAAAUAUUUGGAUGGGAUCGGCUUGGCUUUUUGAGCCAAGCCGAGCCGGCUCCUCGAGCUGAUGGCUCAAGCCAGCUCAA